CUCGCGCAGCCUGAAACUAGUUUGGAGAGUUGAAGGUUUUGGUUUCGCGACAGCUGGACUUUCACAACUAUUGGAUUAAAAGGGCUGGAAGACGUCUUACCGCGACGGAAAGCCUUAAACCCUUGAGUCAAGAUGCUGAAUAUGUGGAAAGUUAGAGAACUGGUUGAUAAAGCAACCAAUGUUGUUAUGAACUAUUCAGAAAUUGAAUCUAAGGUUCGAGAGGCCACAAACGAUGACCCAUGGGGACCCUCUGGCCAGCUAAUGGGAGAGAUAGCCAAAGCUACGUUCAUGUAUGAGCAGUUUCCAGAAGUAAUGAACAUGCUGUGGUUCCGAAUGCUGAAGGACAACAAGAAAAACUGGCGGAGGGUUUACAAGUCCUUACUGCUGCUGGGUUACCUGGUCCGAAACGGGUCUGAGCGGGUGGUCACCAGCACACGAGAGCACCUGUUUGACCUGCGCUCCAUUGAGAGCUAUCACUUUAUAGAUGAGAAUGGGAAGGACCAAGGCAUUAACGUACGGCAGAAGGUAAAAGAGAUGGUGGAGUUUGUGCAGGAUGAUGACAGGCUGAGAGAGGAGAGGAAGAAGGCCAAGAAAAACCGGGACAAAUAUAUCGGCGUGUCCUCUGAAAGCAUGGGGGACUUCAGAUACGCUGGCGACAGAUACGAAUCACACUCCAAGUGGGAUGAUGACUGGGAGAACAAUAAAGGCGCUUUCCCGUUUAGUGAGAAAUUGGGAGAGAUCAGUGACAAGAUUGGCAGCACAAUUAACGACACUAUAAACACGUUCCGCAGGAAAGACAGAGAUGACUCGCCUGACAGAUUCGGUGAGCCAGAGGAAGAAAGAAAUAGAGAUUUCCAAAACAGGCAGUCAGGCAGGACUGAAUUCAAAGAUGAUGAGGAGACUGUGACAACCAAAAGUGUUCAGAUCGUUCAGGCCACCGAGACUACUGCCACGCGAAAGAAAGGAGCCACCCCAUCAAAAACCAUAGACCUGGGGGCAGCUGCCAAUUACACUGGAGAUAAAGCUGCUACAAACACAAAUGCCACCAAGCCAACUGACACAGGUACAAGUCAGUCUAGUGGAGGUCUGGUGGACUUGUUCUUGGUGGAUUCUACACCCGUGAAGCCAGCUUCCACAGGUUUAAGCUCCGAUCUGUUUGGAGGCUUUGCAGAUUUCUCAUCACCUGCAGCUACAGCCAGUCUUCCUUCAGCAGCUGCCUCAGCAUCUAGUGGAAACGGAGACUUUGGGGACUGGAACACGUUUUCAGAUGUGCAGCCAGCCCCUCCGCCUGUGAAUCCUUCAACAACAGACCUGUUUGCUCCUGCUCCUGCCUCCACAGUGCCCUCUGCUGACCUGUUUGACCUCAUGGGUCCUUCUCUCAGCACCAACAUCAGUGCUUCCCAAAGCAUAAACUUCUCCAUGACCAGCACUCAAAGCAUGGGCCUGCCCUUAUCCAAAUCUCAGCCUCUGCAGAGUAUGGGGACUCCACUGGUGCCUCAGCAGUCUUUAGAAAAACAAGAAGCCAAGAAGGCCUCCAUGCCAUCCACUUGGUCUGAUUCCAGUGUCAACAUCAGUCUGGACUACCUGGCUCCUGGCAUGCAGCCUCCCAAACCAACUCAGCCCACACUCAACAUGAUGCAGUAUCAUGGAGUUCAAGUCCCAGUCAACAUGAUGACACAGGGUUUUGCUGGCAUGAGCCUUGGCAUGCAGCCCAGUCCUACCUCUGUGCGACCCCCCACUAACCCCAUGAUGGGAAACAUGGGCAUGCCACCUGCCAUGGGAGGUGGUGCUAUGGGUGUAACUCCUAUGGGAGGCAUGCCACUCAAUCAGGGCAUGAUGGGAAUGAACAUGAACAUGGGAAUGCCAGGAGCUGUUGGCAUGGGUAUGGGAAUGUCGGUGCCAGUCAUGAGUAUGAGCUCUGCCAUGGCACAACAGAAGCACGAUGCCUUUGCUGACUUUGCCAACUUUGGCAAAUGAAUAGGAGAGAUGGAGGUACGCUAGGACAAUCUUUCUGGAAGGCAGGAGCAUGAAGGAUUUUAAAAGAGCUGCAAACAAAGAGUACUUGAAAGAUGUCAAUUAUGGCUGCCCAGAAUUCUAUUAUUCCUUACACAAUACUGAUGUGUAAAAAGGUGAAUCUAAUCAGUCUGGCCCAGGAGCCACAUGGACAAUGGUUUGUCUUUGUGUAAGAGAAGAAAUAUGUGAUAGCGCUUCCACUUAACAUUGCUUUAAAUCUUGAAAGAAUCUUAACGGCAGGAUCACGUAUAUAUAAAUGUAAUGACGGUGACUAGCCCCAAAUACUAUUCCCGCUCCUUUCUGUCCUUACUGAGGAUUAUUCGAUAUGUUUGGUCUGAUCUAAAGUUAUUCCCUGUCUUUUCUAUUCUCCUAUACAUAACCUUGUAAAUAUUACUGAAAAUGGAUAUAAGUUAUUUAAAUAUGGGUUUAUUAAUCUAACUAUUAAUAAUUAGUUGUUUCAAAUUGUGUGAAACUGUGCAUAACUAAAGCCAGAUGGAGCGAGUGAGAAUCAUGUUAAGAGCAACCGCUGUGGCCUUUGGAAUGGGGAUAUAUUUUUAUACAGAAAUGUGAUCUGUUUAGCAUUUUUAUGUGAAUGCGCAUCAGUCACACACUGAGGCAUUGGUCAUUCAGUGUCCUUACAUACAUAGUGCCUAUCAACCUGUUGCCUAUACCUUUUUCUCUUGAAAAUUUCUUAAGACAAAUUAAAUUACAGUAUUUAUUACAGGUACUGUAGACAUUUGAGCAUAAACGUAUGCAUGAUUUCUCUUUUUUUUUCUUUUUUUUUUUUCUUUUUUUUUUUUUUUACCUGUGUUCCUCUGUUUUCACUGCAUGGCUAGUGUGAAUGAUUGAUUAAAAUGGGGUGUUUUUUGUUUGUUUGUUUUGUUUUGGUUUUUUUUUUUAAAUGUUUUCUGAACCUGAUAUGAGAGUCGUUUCUUUAUGCAAGUCAGAUCAUGAUGAGUGAGUUGGGUGAGGCUGUAUACGGAGAUGAGUGAGGUUCUGCUCACCAAGUGGAAUGUUGUAUCUUUAAGACCAUCUCUGUAUUGCCAGGAGCAGGGACUCAAACUGCCUUUCCUCCCAUUCAGAAGCAGCACACGCACACAAAUGACCAAAUUCUGCCUUCUCUCGUCUGUUUUCCAAGGGAUUGAUUUUUUUUUUUUGGUAGGGUGUAUGUGUAAGAUUGGGGAAUCAUGUAUAUGGGCUAUGGAUCUUUACUGGAAAACACUAUACUUUGUAUGCAAAUCUCAAACAACCAACAAAACUUCCUUCUUCUAAGGUGUGCAGUGUAUGUCCUCACAUUCAUACACUGAUUUGAUUGUACCUAUGAUAGUUUUUUGUAUCAGAGAUUAAACAGUUGAUUUUCACCUGGA